AUGGCUGAAAAACUUAAAUGUGAGAUGGAACCCAAAUCUUGGUUAAUCUUCCAACUAAGUCAUCAACUUAUCAAUCUAUUACCUGUAAAAUUUCGUGACAUAGUGGAUGAGGAAGCUCUUAAAGAAUAUCGCCUUAAUAUUAUUAAAAGUAUUGAUAAUAAAAUUAAAAACAUCUUUCCAAUUAUCUAUGAUGAGGCCCAAUAUCACACCUCAUACUUAUCAAACACAUUCCUAUCUUAUAAUGAUAAAAAUAAGAAGAGACCAUUAUUUACCAUAAUCAUGAAGAUUUUUUCAGAUUUAUCCUCAAUAUUUCCGAAAGCAAUUGUUUGUAUAACUGGAUCUUGCUUAUCACUAAUGGAAGCAAAGGAUCUAGCAAUAUCUAACGUGGCAAAGAAAGAAACAGCUAUUCCAAUCUUUAAAAAUUUUGGCCAAAUUAAAACCUCAGAGGAAAUACUUAAACUAGCAAGGAAUAUAUUCCCCCUUGAAGAUAAAUAUGCAUCAAUGGCAAUUGAAUGGCUAAAGGGUCGAUAUCGUUUUACUUGGACAUGGAUACAUUACCUCCUUAAUUCUUAUGAUCCCCAAAAACAACUAGAAAUACUAAAAGAUCAUCUUACAACUGAUUACGAAGAUCCACAAAAUCCAAGAUUUAGUCUUUAUUCUGGACUUGUAAGACUUGUACAUCAUCCUAAUGAGCGACAUUCCUAUAUUGACCAUGAGUCUAUAUUGGAACUUAUAAAAAGAGCGAUUAUUUAUUAUGCAAUGACGGGAAGGCGAUUUUUGUAUAAAAAUACUAAAGAGGUAGAUAUUAUGUCUAUUGGCUUUGCCCACCUUGAAACUCGAGAAUUAACUGGGAUCAUUGAUGAACCUCUUGCGAUUCAAGCAGGAAUCAACUAUUUUAUAAAUACUAAAAUAGACAACAUGUGGUUUAAUGUAAUGUCACAAGUCAAUUUUAAUGCGAGCAUGCCAGGAUUAAUUUGGGAGAAGUGUGUAACAAAUUUUUUGUAUGACAUUAUUUUUAAAAGUAAUAUACCUUUAUCCUCGCACAAAAAACUAUUCCCUGAUAACAGUCAUCGUUACCUUCCUGUUGAUUUUGAGAAUUCACCUGAGCUGUUACCAUCUGGUAAAAACCGUGUAGGCGUGAAAUCUGUAGAACUUUCUGCACCUGAAGAGUAUAUUGGGUGGCUCCGUAUAGUGUCAUCAUGGGAGAAGACUGGAAAUGUUUCUGACGGGUUUUGCCCAAUAUGUUAUCCACCAAAUACAGCAGACCCUGAUAUCUCAAUUGCUUUUUUCUUUCCGAAAGGAGAAAAAAGAGAAGCUUAUAUUCUAAAUACUCAGGUCAAGUUAAGAAAUAAUGUUGAGCUAAAGAAUGCAUGUAAAACUGUUGAUCCGGAUACAAUGUUUACAGACAAAGACUCAAACCCCAGUCCUUCUCAAUUUCAUUAUGAGUUGCGUGAAAUCUACAAACGACAAAAAUGGAGUAACCGUAACAUACAGAUGAUUGUUGCCUAUCCUUGUAAUUUUAAUUUUAAAAGAAAAAGGGAUUAUCAAAAAACACUUGGUGCAUCAAUAAGGGUACGCAAGAUACCAAGAUUGAUUAUUGAUGGAAAUAAUGCAGACUCAUUGAUUUCUAAUGAUUGUCAACAUUGGGUUACAGUUUUAAAACAAGAACAGGGAUCCAAAGUGGAUUGGCAAUGUAGUGAUAUUGAAAUUUCUGAGGAUGAAGAAUAG